GAUGCGGAAGAUCAGUCCCACCCCCGGCAGGGAGGAGCAGCCAGGCUCCGGCUGGUGGCCCUCCCUUGGCACCCCUGGGCACCAGCUGCAGGAGCCCAAGAGCAGAGGCAGCAAUUCAGUAGGUGGGGAGGAUGGGGCUUGAGACCAGCCUGGAGGAACAGGAUGUCUGUACUGGGAGGAGGAGGUACAGAUUUGAGUACAAGCUCAGUUUCAAAAGCCCAAGGCUGGCGUGGCCAGGGGUUGGGAUACCAUUCUGGACUCAUCAUGGAGAUGCCAUUCUAGGCCUGGAGGAGGUGCGGCUGGCACCAUCCCUGAGGAACCGCAGCGGUGCUGUGUGGAGCAGAACCUUGGUCUCUUUCCCAGCCUGGGAGGUAGAGACACAGAUGCGGGUGACCGGGCCAGGCCGCCGGGGCACUCAGGGCAUGGUCGUGUGGUACACCCUGGAUGGGAACCUUGUUGGCUCUGUUCCCCGGCGGCUGGCCUCGAGGGACGGUGUAGGGAUCUUCUUCAACUCCUCAGCUGAGGACACGCGGAACAGCCCUGCCAUUCGUGUGCUGGCCAGUGAUGGGCACAGUCCCCAUAAGCAGCUUGGGAAUGGAGGCAGCCGGGUGCUGGGCUCCUGCCACUGGGACUUUCGGAAUCGGCCAUAUCCAUUCAGAGCACGGAUCACCUACUGGCAACAGAGGCUGCGUGUAUCACUGAGCAGUGGUUUCACCCCUAAUGACCCGGAAGACAUCUGUAUUGAUGUGGGACCUCUGCUUUUGACCCCUGGAGGUUACUUCGGGGUCUCAGCAGCCACUGGCGCCCUGGCAGAUAACCAUGAUGUCCUGUCCUUCUUGACCUUCAGUCUGAGCGAGCCUGGUCCAGAGGUUCCCCCUAGGCCUUUCCUGGAAACAGAGCAGCUCCGCCUGGCCAGGCUGCUGGAAGGGCUGCAGGCAAGGUUGGGCCUGAGCACCAGGAAGAACACAUAUCCACAACCAAAUGCCAGAGCCCAAGAAGGAGGGGAAAGGCUCUUCGACCUGCAGGAGACGCUGAGCAGACACAGCCACAUCCUGCAGGCCAUCUGGGGUCUCUCUGAGCACCUAGCCCAGGUCAAGAAGCAAUGGAAGCAGCAGCUGAGGUCCCCAGGCUGGGUCAGAACUGAGGUGGGAUGGGACUCGGCCAAAGUCAGUACCUUGCUUUGUGGACAGCAAACUCUGCUUCAGGGCCUGCAAGACAUGAGGGAUGUUGCUGCUCGCAUGGCCUUGGAAGCCCAGGUUGCCUCUCUGCCUGUGGGCACCAAGCAUCACUUCUUGGAGCUGGACCGGAUCCUGGGUCUCCUGCACAAGGACCUUCAGGGCACACAGAAAGUAGCAGCCAAAGGCCCCCAGAACCCUGGCUGGCGCCCAGGGACUCCCACAUGCCUGCGGCCUGGCAUCUUCCUGCUCUUCCUCCUCAUCCAGACUGCAGGCUUCUUCUACUAUGUGAACUUCAGCAGGCAGAAGCUGGACAAGAAACUUCAGGAAAGCUGGUCCCUGGGGAGCCUCUCCCUGGGUCCUGCACCAGACGUCCCCAGUACACUGGGGGCCCUGAGGAGGCAGCCCUUCUCCUGCAGUGCGCAUGUCUGACCCACAUCCAAAUCACUUUUCAUGGGGAAGCAAGUGGCACCUGGGGUAUGGACAGCCUGGGCUGAGCCCUCUUCCGCUUGGGUGCCCAGCUAUGCCCCACACCUGACAUUUUCAAGCCCCACCUUAUUAAAGGCGACUUCUCUGUCCCCAA